GCCCUUCAACCCGAGAGAGCACAGAGCAGUCACUCGCUUCAAAAGAAUCGAAGUAAAGAUGGACUCCUGAGAGAGACUUUUAUACACACAUACACACCAGAGAGAGUCGCUCCCCGAGUUUCUUCGGAUAUAUUCCGCCGUUAAAUUCCCACACCUGAGGCGCGCCCGGAGGGCCGGCAACGUUCCUUUUAUGAUCACGCUUGCGGGGUGUGAACGAUGAUCGUGCAGGAGCCCGUACAGGCAGCCAUAUGGCAUUGUUUAAAUCAUUAUGCUUAUCCAGAUGCUAUAUUCCUGGCAGAACGGUUGUGUGCAGAAGUGGACACAGAGGAAAGUUUGUUUCUUUUGGCAACAUGUUACUACCGCUCUGGCAGGAUUAGGCAAGCUUAUGCCUUGUUGUCUCAGAAGGCGCCUAGUUCGGCGCAGUGUAGGUUUCUGCUAGCAAAAUGUUGUUUGGACUUGGAAAAAUAUGCGGAAGCAGAGGCUGCAGUAAUUGGUGGAUAUUACAAACAGUUGAAGAAUCUGGAAGAAGUAACGACUCAGUUUGGAGAACAGGCAUGUUUUUCUCUGCAGAUAAUAGCCAAGAUCUACUACAAGAUGAUGCGGACCACGAGAGGCAAUGAGGCGCAUAAGUUGGCUUUGAAAUUGAAUCCCUUUCUCUGGCACUCGUUCGAAGAACUCUGUAACGUCGGCGAGAAGGUAGAUCCCGCUAAGGUUUUCCAACUAGACAAAUUAGACUCUUUCGCCAUGUGCCAUGGUACCGGCUCUACGCUCAACUACGUUACCGAACCGGAUCUUAUCGUACCUGCAAGUAACGCCAAUAGUACACCAAUGUUGAAUGGCACUAACCUUACACCCGUGACGACAGCGCAGACGCUGAUAAACGGCGGCCAGGUACCUCAGGUACGGUUGUGUUCCACUAUAGAGGAGACGCCGCAAAAUGCGCCAAUUCACUACAGCAAUUGCUCCUCGAUAUCGCCGAGGACCAAGCUGUCGCGUUAUCGCAGCAUGUUCAGCAAUUCCAUGAGCCCACUUACUCCUAGCUUUGGUAUUUUGCCGUUGGAUAACAAUACGCCUGAGCCAACGGUUCCGCCCUCGCAUACGACUCUCACGGAGGCCAACGAUCAGAAGAGCUUGGCGAAACGCGUCAGUAGUCUAAGAGCUCAUGUAGGGCAAUUAAUGUCGAGGAAAGAGACACCGUUGCAACAAGGCAAAUCAGUAUUUUCCCAGUCGGGUAAUACGAGUAAUACUGCCAAUAUUGUGACAGUGACAGCAUCCAAUCCGACUUCACCUCCAUCACCGACGUUUCAAGGCACCAAUGUUAGACGGUCCUCGCGACUAUUCAGCCACAACUCCGUAAAGGAAAAUAAUAAAUCACCUAAUAGGAAUAAAUUUGCAACUCCAAAGUCCCCAUCUCGGAAGACAAAAGCGAGAUUAGCCAAGGCAAAUUUAAAUAAAGCCAAUUUCAACGAGUUAAACGAGAGAAAUAGAAAUGAAAAGGAGAAGAGUGAAACGAUUACGUCAGAGAAAGCUGUGGCUAAUGCAAACGCGCUUAAUGCCCAAAAUAAUAAUAUUCAUUCUGGGAUAACGUUACAAAAACAGUCGGCAGAGGGCUUAAUGUCUUUGUUGCGAGAAUUGGGGACGGCGUAUCAGCAUUUAAGUCAGUUCAAAUGUGCGCAGGCGAUUGAAAUAUUAAGUAUACUGCCGAUGCAGCACUAUAAUACAGGCUGGGUACUUUCUAUGUUGGCUCGUGCGCAUUUUGAAAUGAUGGAUUAUAAAAAAGCUGCUAGUUAUUUCGCCGAAGUGCGACAGUUAGAGCCACAGAGGACAGAGCUGAUGGAGAUUUAUAGCACUGUUUUGUGGCAUCUGCACGCAGAAGUACAGUUGUCUACGCUUGCUCAAGAUUUGGUUUCCCAAGACCGUAAUUCGGCGGCGGCGUGGUGCGCCACGGGCAACCUCUUCUCUGCGCAAACGGAACAUGAAACCGCGAUUAAGUUUUUCCAAAGAGCUAUUCAGGUGGAUCCUAAUUUUCCAUAUGCCUAUACGUUACUAGGACACGAAUAUGUUUUGACUGAGGAACUGGAUAAAGCAAUUACUGCUUUCCGUAACGCCAUCAGACUCGACCCGAGACAUUAUAAUGCAUGGUUCGGACUAGGAACGAUAUUUUCGAAACAGGAGCAAUAUAGUUUAGCGGAGUUACACUUUAAACGGGCCUUACAAAUAAACCCGCAGAAUUCUGCGUUGAUGUGCCACAUAGGUGUCGUGCAACACGCUCUGAAGAAAACUGACCAGGCAUUAAAAACUUUAAACACCGCGCUAAUUAACGAUCCGGAUAAUACUUUGUGCAAAUUCCAUCGCGCAAGCAUCAACUUCUCUAUUGGUCGACAUAUGGAAGCUCUAAGAGAAUUUGAGGAGCUGAAGAAUAUUAUACCCAAAGAAUCUCUAGUCUAUUAUUCAAUAGGAAAGGUGCAUAAAAAGUUAGGCAAUACCCACCUUGCAUUAAUGUACUUUAGUUGGGCAACGGAUUUAGAUCCGAAGGGUGUUAAUAGUCAAAUUAAGGAAGCUAUAUUGAGUCCAGGUCAGGGAGAUGAUGAUUCCCCGCAAUCUCCGACGCAAUCCGAUGAACAGCAAGCACAAAGUAAUUCAAUGGAACAGGACAUCGAAACCAGUAGAGAAGAAAGUGCCGCGCCACUUGCCGGAAACGUUUCGGUUGAACCUCAUGCUGACGAUAGCGACGAUAGUUUAUGAGAACGAUGUGCGAGAAGACUUCCGUGAAAAAAAAUAUGGAGCAUCAUCAUCCUCAUUGUUAGCCAUUCGAAUCGUUUCUCAUUCGCCGACUUGGUUUCGCUUACAGAAUCACUGAUGAGCUAUCAUUGAUUUAAAUUGAACGGUUGUCGACAUCUUUGGGAACUAUUUCGUACGAUAUAUGAUUUGGUUAAAAAGAAUUUAUAUUAUUUUUCCGCAUCACAUCAAAUUUUCUUUUCAUCUUGCACGAAUUCAAGAUCCUUAUGUACACGGAUGCGGUUCUUGCGAUGGUGAAAAACUCGCGUGUGAUAUUCUUUAUUGAUUUGUACAUUACACGUUCGCAUCUGUAUAUUUUUUACGAUUACUUUUUAUAUUCCUUCAUGCGCUCUUAUCUUUUUCUCUUUCUCUUUCUCUCUCUUGUACCUCGUCUUGCGGAUUAAACAUUGCUUCAAGUCAAAUAUAAUUCAAAAAACGGGAGUUUGCAAAGCUGAUCAAGUUUGGUUUUGAUCAAGCUAAAUUACAAUAAGGGAGGAAAGAGAAGGGACAAUUUAAUUCUCGCUCGCGGAUGAGAUAUUUACGGUUGAGUAGGAACUGUAUCAUGUUGCGAAAAGAUGAGUGAAUAUAACCGUAAGCAUGUCAUAUAUAGUUAGAUAAUAUAAUUGUUCGCGAAUAAGGAGGAAGAGUCUUGUGUAAAUGUAAAUUAUUAUUACUGUGUAUUUACCGCUAUUAUUACUAUUACUAUUAGCGCUAUCAUUACCAUUAUUAUUAUUCGUAUGAUUAUCAUUGUUGAUUUAAUGAUUGUGAAAAUGUCGUUGGCCGCUCGGCGUCGGAGCGGCCGCUCGGACGAUCGUGCAAUUCUCGUCGGGAAGAUUCCCCUUGGUCGAUCGAACAUAUGAGUCCGAAACACCGCGACUGCGAUUUCGGUGGUUCAGUAAUCGCGCGAUAUUCGAUUUUCGAUUUCGACUCGAUUAUUCGGAAUUUAGCAUAACUCGCCUCGCAAAUGUCUAUAUAUAUAUACAUAUAUAUAUAUAUAGAAAUACUCGUCGGAUUAUAUAUAUUCUUAAUAGUGCUGGACAGAAUCUAUGACGGCGUCGGUCUUCGUAUCGAUAUUAAGUGUACAAUGCAAAUUGUGUCAUUACUCUUCGAACUUCGGCGGAUUUCCCGGAGAGAUCGCAAUGUUGUACCCGAAGAAAGAAACGGCGUAUAUAAAUAUAUACGUUUAUCUCUAAUUUUGAUUGAAAUGAGUUGUGAUCUUAGCGCCGUUGCGCGUGACUGUACCACUUUAUAUUGUACACAUAAUUAAACGAAAGACACGUCACGGAAAAAAAAGGGAAAAAAGUUUAGACAAAUCGCCGAUUGAGAAAUGCGUCUGCGUGUGGUGCACGCAGGCACGCGUAUCCCUCUUGUUUUUUUCCGCUCCUUUAUAUCUGUCCUUUACAAAUUUAUUUAUUUGUGUUUUUUAUAUUUUAUUUUUUUCGCGUGUUCCACGUUCAUCUCUCACGUCUUUGGAGGAGAAUAGAAGGACGAGCACGAGGGCGGAGUUCUUUUUACAUAUUCGGCAUAUAUAUAGCGUCUAAUCUCGUUAUUUAUUAACGGCGUCUAAUCUUUAUUUAUUAUUUCAUCUCUGUAUGUUUAUCACCGAGCGGAAAUGACUAUCGCGACUAUCUUCCAAAGAAUUUAGGAAACCAAUACGCGUAUGUAUGUGAUGUCUGGUUCUCGCCUUUACCCAGCCUCCGCGAUACAGAAAUCGAGAAGGUUCGAUCGAAGUCAACAAUUGCUGCCGUGUUACUCGUUACAAAGAGGUGUAUGCGCAAAAUAAAGGCCUGCACUUUUUACAAAA